AUCAUCAACUCGCCAUCUCUGUUCUCUCCAUUAAAAGUGACAGUGUUUUUCCCUGCAACACUCUCGACAUGCCAAUAUGCAGCCACUCCCCUUUUCCUUUGGACUUCCAGAACUCCACAUGGCACGUCUGUAAAAACAGAAGCUGGAGAGUUCAGAUGCAUGGUGAGUAUGCAUGGAGCUUGUCCGUCAUCACAGAGAGAGAGAGAGUGCAGAAUGCCAGUGCCACUCCUGGUGAAAAGAAAGGGUUAAAUCUCUCUUUUAGUGUGGUGAGUGUGUGUUCUCAACAGCUGCUUUGCAUCUAGAGCCCAGAGAAAGAGAGGAUAGUGGGAUUGAUGUGGAGCGUUCUGAACAGGAACACUUUAGAUUCCGGACUCCUGUCACUCCUCAGUGACAUCAUGUGUGUUCUGGUUCCUAGCUCUAUGGUCCUUGUGUGCCAGAGGGUGCAGCCCACUAGGAGAACGACAAUGCCCCCGCAUCUGCAACCCAGACACCUCCUGCCUCUUCUUCUCCAUGUCAUUCUACUCUGCCUUCAUGCAACUGCCUGGCCCCACGAUUCCAGAGGUGUGGUGGAUGACAAGUGUCCCAGCUCAGAGUGGAACCACAUGUGUAGGGACUGUUGUGAGUACCAGCUGAUCCAGUGUAGAUGUCCUUCCCAGGGGGCACGGGUGGGCUACUCCGUCCCCUGCUGCCGCAACCAACUGGACCAGUGUGACCCCUGCAUCAUCCACCCUGGCUGCAGUCUGUUUGAGAACUGUAAAACCUGUCACAAUGGGACGUGGGAGGCCAAGGAUGAUUUCUUCAUCCGAGGGAGAUUCUGUACGGACUGUCGUCAGGGCUGGGCAGGUGGAGACUGCAAGACAUGUGGAGGGGUGAUUCGUAGAGCCCAGGGCCACAUAAUGCUGGAGAGUUACCCCAUCAAUGCGCACUGUGAGUGGAGGGUGCAGGUAGAGAAAGGGGAGAACGUGGAGCUCAGGUUCUCCAUGCUUAGUCUAGAGCCUGACCACAACUGUCACUAUGACUACGUGGAGCUGCGAGAUGGUGACAGCCUGAGCUCCCCCGUCAUUGGCCGGUUUUGUGGGAAUGAGCUGCCUCCACCAAUCAGAACCUCUGGAAGCAGGCUGCACGUCCUGUUUGUCUCAGAUGGCUACAACAACUUUGAUGGCUUCUUUGCCGCUUUUCAGCAGAGCUCAGCGUGCAGCCCCUCCCCUUGUCAGCACCAUGGAACCUGUUUGCUGAACCCAGUACAGUCUUUUCACUGUGCAUGUCUGCCAGGCUACACAGGUCAACUGUGUGAGAAUGUUGCUAGGAGUCAGGUGUGUGUGUUGCCAGCGAGGCCCGUGAACGGGGAGCUCCUCUCUGUGUACGGCCUGGAGGAUGAGCUCCUGGCUGUUCAGUACCUGUGCCACCCACCCUACACACUGACUGGCAGCCCCCAGAGGACCUGCCUGCCCAACGCCACCUGGAGUGGCACGGUGCCCAUCUGUGGGAAGGUAGAUAAAGAGCCCAUUCGAACCAGUCAGAGGGGUGCAGACCCAGUCAGAAGGCUCGGGGUGUGUCCUCCUCCAGCCAGGCUGCACCAUGGCUACCUCCAGCUGGUCAGGGGCUCUGGAGGAGGUCCUGACACAGUGGACUACUUCUGUAACCCCUCCUACAUCCUGAGUGGAGGCUCCCGGAGCACCUGUCUCCCGGAUGGCUCGUGGAGUGGCCGGCAACCACUGUGUGUGAGAGCCUGUCGAGAGCCUAAGGUAUCUGAGCUGGUGAGACACAAAGUUGUGAAGCCAAAGGCCCCAUCCAGGAAAAGUCCAGUCCACAGGCUUCACACCUCAUCCAGGCAUACGGUCUAUGACAGUCACCCCCCUGGCAUGGACCCACCCUCCUCAGGGAACCUCCCCAGCACCCAAGACCCUGUCCUGAGGGAAAUCCCCCGUGGUUUCCACCAGCUGUACACUAGCAUAGAGUAUGAGUGUGCCUCCUCUCUCUACCAACACUACGGUAGCCCCCGGCGCACCUGUCUGAAGACUGGCAGGUGGAGCGGGCAUCAUGUCUCCUGCUCGCCAGUGUGUGGUCAACUCCCAGCAGCCUUCAGCCCUCAGAACCUCACUAAGAUUGGAUGGCCCUGGCAUGCAGCCAUCUAUCUCCGCUCCCACAUCAUCCGCAGAGCUGGCUCUGGCCUACAGACGGCACCAGAGGAGGCCUCUUCUCCCUGGCAGCUGGCGUGCAGUGGAGCACUAGUCACCCAGCUCAGUGUGCUGGUGGCAGCUCACUGCCUGGUGGUGGCAGGAGUGGGCAAGCCGCAGUGGGUAGAUCCAGCCAACAUUAAAGUGGUGAUGGGAAUACACAGCCCGGGCCAGAUGAGGACACUGAAACAACUGCAGGUUUCCUCUGUCCUGGUCCAUCCCAGCUUUGAUCCUGUGACACUGGACUCGGACCUGGCCGUUCUGAAGCUACGGGACAAGGCCAAGAUCAGUGAGCGUGUGCUGCCCGUGUGUCUCCCCAAAAUGCAAGGCGGGGAGGUGACCGCCACACAGGGCUAUGCCACAGGCUGGCUCCUUGCAUCUGACUCAAGGUCCAGUUCCAAACACAGCCUAGACGCCGAGACAGCCCAGACUGGAGUAGUCGAGCUGGGGGAUGUCGUUCAGUGCGAGAGGCAGUUUGCUCAGAGUGGGGCCCCUGUCACCAUCACUGACAAUAUGCUGUGUGCAAUGCGCCACCCUCUCAAUCCCACCAAGCCUUGUCCCACUGUCAGUGCAGGCAUUACAAUCAUACCAUCUCCUGCCUCUAAGCCAUCAUCGGGUCCUUCGGGGGGACAGGGGGAUGAUAGUGUUGUCUGGGAGCUUCUGGCAUUAGAAAGUUUUGGUUAUGAGAAAUGGAACUGUGGCCCAGGGCUUUACACAGUCCAUACCCGGAUAAACAACUUCAAAGACUGGAUACAGAAAAACAUGAAGUAGAUCUCUGAUUUGACUCAGCCACUCUGUCGCCAUCAUUGACAGCCUGUGUUAUUUUUCUAACAACUCACUUACUCACUGUUGCCAGUUCCCUGAAACAGAUAACAGGGCUAAGUGCUUGGCAGUGUAUUCGGCUGAGCCAAUUGGAAACUUCCUAAGACGAGAUGUGGGGAGGACAGUCAUCCCUGGCACUAUUUACUAUGAUGUAUAUUUACCUCUAAUUACUAUUAUGUACACUGAACAAAAAUAUAAACGCAACACGUAAAGUGUUGGUUCCAUGUUUCAUGAGCUGAAAUAAAAGAUCCCAGAAAAU